GGCCUAAGCCGUUGCCUCUUCCUGUUUAGGGGACUAUUCUCUAAGCUGCUGCCAGCUGGGAGGUCCGUGAAAGGGUCUUCGCCUCCUGCUCGGGUUUUCUGCGGUACAGAGAUUGGCUUGCUGAGGUAGACACGUUCUUGCUCCUGGCAAACUCAACCUGAGACAGUCCAAGAGGGAGCCCAGGACUGACUUCCCCAGUGCCUGGAAUCUGAGAAAAAAAUGGCUAGUGUGGGCAGUGAUUCUAGGCAUCUUAUCUCUGAGGUAGAACAGGAAGUACAUCCUGGACCUUUGAAUAUCCAGUUUGAUUCAUCAGAUCUAAGAUCUAAAAGGCCUUUCUAUAUAGAGCCUACCAACAUCGUCAAUGCAAAUGAUGUCAUUCAGAGGGUGAGUGACCAUGCUGCUGCUAUGAACAAGCGGAUUCAUUACUACAGCCGGCUCACCACUCCUGCAGACAAGGCACUGAUUGCUCCAGACCACGUAGUUCCUGCUCCAGAGGAAUGCUAUGUGUAUAGUCCAUUGGGCUCCGCCUAUAAACUUAAGAGUUACACUGAAGGCUAUGGUAAAAACACCAGCUUAGUUACUAUUUUUAUGAUUUGGAAUACCAUGAUGGGAACAUCUAUACUAAGCAUUCCCUGGGGCAUAAAACAGGCUGGAUUUACUACUGGGAUGUGUGUCAUCGUGCUGAUGGGCCUUCUGACACUUUAUUGCUGCUAUAGAGUGGUGAAGUCACGGGGUAUGAUAAGUACAUCAGACACAACUACCUGGGAAUUUCCAGAUGUCUGCAAACAUUAUUUUGGCUCCUUUGGGCAAUGGUCAAGUCUCCUUUUCUCCUUGGUGUCUCUCAUUGGAGCAAUGAUAGUUUAUUGGGUGCUUAUGUCUAAUUUUCUUUUUAAUACUGGAAAGUUUAUUUUUAAUUUUAUUCAUCACAUUAAUGACACAGACACUGUACUGAGCACCAAUAAUAGCAACCCUGUGAUUUGUCCCAACGCUGGGAGUGGUGGCCAUCCUGACAACAGCUCCAUGAUUUUCUAUGACAAUGACACAGAAGUGCAGCUGUUUGAGAAGUGGUGGGACAAGUCCAAGACAGUGCCCUUCUACCUUAUAGGGCUCCUCUUGCCGCUGCUCAACUUCAAGUCGCCUUCGUUCUUUUCCAAAUUUAAUAUCCUGGGCACAGUAUCUGUCCUCUAUUUGAUUUUCGUUGUUACCCUGAAGGCUAUUCGCUUAGGAUUCCAUCUGGAAUUUCACUGGUUUGUACCAACAGAAUUUUUUGUACCAGAGAUAAGAGCUCAGUUUCCACAGCUGACAGGGGUGCUUACUCUGGCCUUCUUUAUUCACAAUUGUAUCAUCACACUCUUGAAAAACAACAAGAACCAAGAAAAUAAUGUGAGAGACCUAUGCAUUGCUUAUAUGCUGGUGACAUUGACUUAUCUCUAUAUUGGUGUCCUGGUUUUUGCCUCAUUUCCUUCACCUCCAUUACCCAAAGACUGUAUUGAGCAGAACUUCUUAGACAACUUCCCUAGCAGUGACAUCCUGUCCUUCAUUGCAAGGAUAUUCCUGCUGUUCCAGAUGAUGACUGUGUACCCACUCUUAGGCUACUUGGCUCGUGUCCAGCUCUUGGGCCAUAUCUUCGGUGACAUUUAUCCUAGCAUUUUCCAUGUGCUGAUUCUUAACUUAAUUAUUGUGGGAGCUGGAGUGAUGAUGGCCUGUUUCUACCCAAACAUAGGAGGGAUCAUAAGGUAUUCAGGAGCAGCAUGCGGCCUGGCUUUCGUGUUCAUAUACCCUUCUCUCAUCUAUAUAAUCGCCCUGCACCGAGAGGAGCGUCUGACGUGGCCUAAGUUGGUGUUUCAUGUUAUCAUCAUCAUUUUGGGCCUGGCAAACCUGACUGCUCAGUUCUUCAUGUGAGAACUGUCUUCUCAAGAUUUCUCAUGGUAUUCUGAACCUUGGCAACGGUUCUGCAUAAAAGAACUUGAAAAUGCUGUCAUUGCUAUAAUUCUAAGUGUUCUUCUAAGAUCAUUGGAAGCAAGGGAAAUGAUAGUCUCUCAUAAGUAUUUUGGUACUCAAGCUGGGUGAGAGUAAGUACUAAGGCUGAUUUCUCUCCAUGGCCUUUAUCCCCAUGGAUCCAAGUAGAAAUGUGGGGGGUGAUACUGAUUUUUCUGUUGAUAAGUUAGGUGGGUUUCUUUCACCCACAGCACGGAAUCUCAGGGGACUUGGGUCAGGGCAUGUAGCCAGACCCUGUGUGUGCUUCUGUGUGUGUUCUUCCACCUUCUUACUCGCUGGGCCAUCUCUACAGUUUGCCCAAACCUCCACUGUCUCCAACAGUAAAACAAAUACCUCAUUUUAAAAGAAGUUUCCAUGGCAUCAUUAUUAAUGGGAUGAAUUCCUAACUCAAUACUUAAUCUGAAGAACAAAAACCUUUAAAUAGUGUUAGUCCAUCGAAACUGUGUGUAAAAUAGGGCCAGUGGGAUAGUUGGUAUGUCAGGGAACACUUAGGUGACAGGGUAAGAGGAUCUGGAGGUUAAGGUCUUCCUCAGUUUCACAGGCAGUUUGUCUCUUGGGGGGAUGGGUUGUUUGUUUGUUUGUUUGUUUGUUUUAGAUAUUUUUUUUCCUUGAGAAAGGCUUUCUUUAUGAAUCCCUGGCUGUCCAGAAACUCCAUCUGGGGACCAAGCUGGUUAUGGCCAGUUUGAAACCAGCCUGACUAUAUAAAGCCUUGUCUCAAGACACUAAAAGAAAAGAGAGAAAACCAAAAGAAAUUAGGUGUCAGAUCAAUUUGUACAGAGUCUGUUGCUAUCUGACUCUUAAUUCUAAUCCAGUCCCAGAGAUUUAGACUGAGGUUGCAAUUCCCAAGCCAGACCUCACACCUGAACAAAAGCAGUUGUCCUUGCAUCUUGCCCUUGAAAACUGCAUGGACUGGCAUGAAGCCCAAAGGAGGAAGCACACGUGGAGGUGGGUAUAUGAGGCUCCUCAGAAGAGAAAGGAAUAGUUAGGAAGGGUGGGACUGCCCAGUGUACCCCGAGUCAUCCUGGUUCAGGUGUCACCUCCAGGAGCCCACACCAUCCACCUGCUCCUGUAACAGGAAGGGAAGAGUUAGGUCUUGCAAGAAAAGCUUCUGAAAAGAAGAUGGAGAAAUCCAGAAAUCCAGUUACCACUCUUGCCAUCUUCAUUCUAAAAAAAAAAGCUAAAGCAGAACCUAGAUCUUUCUGUCUAGUGUGGGACACGAUCUGUGGUCUCCCCACAACUACAGGCAUUUAGAUUUCUCUAAUUUUCACUACAUUGUUUAAAAUGUAUCAUGAUUCCACCUCCCAGGACAGUGUCAUGUUCUUAAAAAAAAAAAAACAGGUAAAAUGUUUUUCAUAAAUCUAGUAAGCAGCCCCAGAUUUAAGAUGAGCUUCAGUUUCUUUUAGCAUAGCUUUACAUCCUACUAGAGCACAGGUCUGUGUCUAUAAGGAGCUGUAAUUUCUGACACUUGCUAAAGUCUUAUGAAAACUGUCAAGCAAAUGCACAAAUAGAAUAAUACGGAAAACGCCCAGUCCACCCAUCCCUGCGUUUAGUAAUUAUAGGAUUAGCUGAAUUUUUUUCACCUACUUUCUCCCGCUUUUUCUUUUCUACUGACAUAUUUAAAAACCUGUCUCAGACGUUAUGUUACUUCAUUUCUACAAACCUUAAUAGCCCAAACUUUGAAUCUAGUUAUAUUUAUCAUGGAGCUAGUCUCAAAGGCUCUGGCUUGCACAGACGACCGUAGAUGUUGGCUUGCAAGGGAAGCCAUGCUUAAGAAACCCAGGAACCUCAUGACGGCAGAGUCCUUCUGUUAAGGGACGUUUGAGUCAGAGCUGGGUGUUGUAAGAGCCAUCCCUGACUUAAUCUCACUAUGUUCUUGGUAGUUUCUUUUGUCUUUGAGAACUUUAGAGACAAUUUUCACUCCUUUUUUUCUCCCCAAAGAUGGUCUUGGAUGUGUUAACACUUUAAGCUUUAACAAUGAAGGAUAAUUGGAUGCGGUUUUGCCCAUUUCAUAGA